AUGGAUCCACAUUCAGAACAUGAACAAAAAGUUGUACCAUUAGGUGGUAAAGAAAUUCCAACUGGUAUGGAAUCACAUGCAGAUUGGAUGAAUCAUCCAAUUCAAACAGAAGCACCAGUUAAAGAAGAUUAUGGUGAAGAAUAUAAUGAAACUGAAAAAUUAAGAGAAGAACUUGGUAAUGUUAAAAAAGUUGUUACAUCAAUUUGUCAACCAGUUCAAACAAUUUACACACUUCAAUAUAUACUUGAUUCAGAUGAUCAAACUAGUGAUAAAAAAGCAAUUGAAAAACAAAUUUUAGAUCAACAAACUAAAAGAGAUCAAAUUAUUGUUGAUUUGAAAAAAUUAAUUCCACUUUUUGAAAAACAUGUUGAAUAUAUUUCAUACAAAGAAGGUAUUGAGGAAGUAAUCAAACAAUCUUAUAAAAAAUUUAAUAGCAAAGAAGAAAACUUUGAAUUUGGGUCAUUAUGUAAAAAAAUAACUUCAACCAUUUUUAAAGAUCAAAAAAAUUUAUUAGAUAAAAUGAAAGCAAUUAAAAAAGCAAAAGCAACAACACCUCAAUAA